GAAUUCGUUAAAUGCACGCGUAUAUCGAUGUGCGAAACAUACGUUAUGCCUUUCUGUUUUUCAAUUUUAACAGCAUUAUUGAUCAUUUCGUCGAGUUGCGUUUGAACUGGCCCUAAAAUCUCCGCCAUUGAACGACCGCGGCUAUAAACCGGCGAAGAAGGUGCGCGCUCUCGAGAUCCUUCAUAUACAAACACCGUGGUUCUGUUUGCUGUAUUCCACGCCAUGACUAAAAUUUGUCGGAAGAGUAGGAGUGCAGUAGCAGUGACAGGUCAAACGGCUAACAGUGAGAUUACUUAAUAUUCGCUCGAUACGAGACAAGGAUUUCACGGAUCGAAAAAACGCCACGAAAUCACUCCACGGCACUUGAUUUCUCUGUUUCGGAAAUUAUCGUUAACUGCAGAAAUUCGGUGUUUUCAUCUGAAUAGCAGAACUCAUAGAGAAGGGGAGAACAAGCGCAGAGAAACUGAAAAGAAUGGAGGUCGACGAGUGCUCAGCUGGAGGUGAGAGUGGAGCAGAAGAAGAUGAAGAUGAUGCUUCUUCUCAUGGUUCUAGAAGCAAUAGCAGUAGUAGUAGCAUUAGUGGGAGUAGUACGUCUAGUGACAGUGGAGAUGAAAGUGGAGAGGAACAUGGUUCCAGUGGUAGCGAGAGUCAUAGCUCUGGGGAAGAUGAAGAAGACGAAAAUGAGAAUACAGAGUAUUCUAUCAAAGCGGAGAGUCCAGAUACAUUGAAGUGGGAGACUUGCGUUGUUGCGAAUGCCAAAGUGAAACUACCACAAGAUCUCUGUGAACAUUCUGCAAUUUUUAAAGAGUUCUUGGAUUAUUCUUAUAUAUGGAACGAAUGUCUCACAGAAAAUCAAAGGGAGACACUCUGCAAUCUGCUACCCGUGUUUCCAAAAGAUUGUGAUACAGAACUAGAAACAGAAAGGACUCUACGAAUGCUAUUCGAUAAUGAGAAUCAAAGAUUUGGUGUAGCGCCAUUAGAAGCGUUUCACAAUCACCUGUCUGCCGGGCAUUACCGACCGGACAUCAAGAGGAUAUGCAGCCUAGUUCGUAAAGCUCAGCAAAGGCGAUUGUUGUUUGAAGAACGGAAACGAUCCUACGAGCUCGCCAGUCAGUUACUCAAGUCCAGGGAGAGUUUAUUGUCAAACGCGUACAAACAAGGUUUUUGUCAACCGGCCCAGAGGACGAUAUCGAAAAUCCAUUGGAGAAAACCGAAGCCUGCUAUGGUUGAAGAAAAAACGCAACUGCGCUAUUUGGAGGAACUGAAUGCGCUGAGGACCGAGCUCGGAGUAAGCGCCAAGCUUGCAGCCGACACCACGUCCGAGAAUGAGGAGAACUAUCCGUACUAUCAGCAUACUGGGGCCAAGCAGAAAAAGAAGAGGCGUUCUCUCCUGGGUUCGCAGGGUUUCUCUAUCAGGGGCUUGCAAAUGAACCACGACGACGAGACGAUUCGGCCUGUUUUCUCCACGCUGCAACGGGCCGAUUUCCCCAUGAACAGAUCGUUCUUUAUCCGGGAACAGACAGAGGAGAUGUACCGCGAACUGCUGCUCGAACAUAAGAAACGAAGAGCACGUCGCGAUAUUCAUCCAGAAUUAAAUACUCAGGGUAUUGCUCUGGCAGAUCUAACUCAAAGAGCACAAAUUGGCCAAAAGCACAAACUGUCCAUUGGACCAUCUAUGCGUAUCACACCUGCAAAGAAACGAAUAAAGUUGGAACAAUCGUCCCUUUGCCCGCCCGCGCCAAGAUUAAUCAAUUCGAAUUCCAUAAAACACGAGAGUGAUAACAGUGAUUAUUCGCAUACAACGGACGACAACAGGCAUUCUGGGGCGUUGGACAUGGAUCACAGAAUGUUGACGCCGAUCAAGACGGAACCUAUGGAUGGAUACGAAGUACAUCAAAUGGCUAAAAAGAAAUUAAGUCCGACUACACCGAAAGGUAGUAAGUCAUCUGUAAUGUCUACGCCUGAAAUCAAGAAAGAAGUAGAGGACAUUGAGUACGACGAGAUUAAAACAGAGCUAAGCAGCGGAAUGAACGAGGAUAUUCCGCCUGAGGCAGAAGAGGACGAAGAGAAUGAUAAAAAGGAACUGGAUUUAGAUAGUAUCGACAUGAUGCAAAUACCGAUCCAACUCGAUGAUGGAAUCGACAUAUUAGACGACGUGAAAUGCGAGGACGAAGGCGUUAUAUCGAUACCAGACAAAGAAUUGAACGUUUCCACAAACGACGAAACUAUUGAUAUUAACAGCGGAGCAGAAUUGAUGCAAGAAACGCACGCUUGUUUCUUUUCGCUUCUAAGAGACGCUUUCACCUCGAAAGGCGAGUACAGAAUGAGCACCGAUGAAAUGAAAGAUGCUGUGAUGCAGUGGCAGGGAAAUCCUAUUUCUCCGUUGAAUGAUUGGUAUUCAAUGGCGUCAUCUUGGACUGCAUUGGUUCCAUUAGUGUUAGGUUUUCUUGCUGGAGAAUAUACUUACUCCCAAGAAUUGGGCGACCGCCAGGAACGAGAACCAGAGCUUGUUCCAUAUUUAGAAAAUAAAGGAAAUGGAGUUUACGCGUGGAUCGGUGCUGGCCGAGAUUCAGAUUCGCGUCUUUCGGAGUUGUGUGCGAAAUUCUUGAUGCACAAAGAUUCGUUAGGUCCACCGUCGAGUUCUAGUAAUGGCCUUGUGGUAGCUGUAAAGCAACAGUCUCAAAUAUCUCAGCUGACCUGCAAUAAUAUUAACAGUAGUUCCGGGAAUGGAAAUGCAACCGUAAAUGUUAGAGCCAAUAGUCCUGCGAUAGAAUCAGUCAGCGUUGAUGGGGGAUCCAUUAACACUGUCGCUGAAUGGGAACCGCCUCGAGCCCUGUGGCCUACGGAAUGGAAAGUGCGAGCAUCCACGGCGGAUGAACGAGAAGAGUUCAGAAGACAAGAGCGUAUGCGUUACGCUGCGCCCCAUAAAUCUUUCACGUAUAGAAUGCACGGUUACGCAUCCGUUGUGGGCCCCGUUAAAGGCAUUUAUCAACACAAUGUCGCUUCAGGGUUGACCAAGGCUCGAGGACAUUCAUUAUUGGUAGCCGACCGUCCGAAUUUCGUGACCAUUCUGGCAUUGGUCAGAGACGCCACUGCUAGACUGCCUAACGGUGAAGGCACUCGAGCCGAUAUUUGUCAGUUGCUAAAGGAUUCGCAAUAUAUCAGAGAGCAAACGGAUAGCGACGAUAAAGAAGGAUACUUGCAUUCUGUUGUGUCCGGUGCUUUGGAUCGGUUGCACUAUGAAACAGAUCCGUGUGUACGGUACUAUCCACGACGUAAAGAAUGGCUGUAUCUUCAUCGAGCGCGAUCCGAAUCAGAAUUUGAAAUGUACCAUCAACAAUUGCAAGGAGUCGCUAAAAAUAAGAAGAAUGUAGGCAGUAUGUCAAGGAAUAAAGCGCUGCCUGCUGUCAUAAAGCCUUCUAAUAUCAAUAAGGAGCAAUCUCCAAGCAACAACAAAGAGUCUACACCUAAAAAGGAAAGAAAAACCACAACUACCGCACAGCCAGUUAUAUCCAGGAAAGAACAAAAGAAAAUCGAAGAAAAAGUGGCCAGUGACCACUCCGUUUCAACCGAACAAGCUGUCGCUACAAAUGUAACGACGACAAUGAGCGCUACCACUCCAGCCGUUAUCAGUGCUACAGGACCGCCAGUUCCUGUUACGACUCUUCCCAGUUCUUCUGCUUCGAUGAGCACUGUUACCGUGGAAAAAGAAAUUACACCUAACGAAGUGAAACCAUUGAUUACCACGACAGCUCCGGCAAAGAAAGUGGCCAACAUUGGAGGAAAACCGGUGGCUGUUGUCAAGACAAGCGCUCAGAGUUUACUGCAGUCGAAUCAGCAACAUUUCCCUCAUCACCAGAUUCAAGUGUCCACUUCUGCAGGUCUGCAGACCAUUCGACUAUCCGGACACUCUGUAUUGCACUCUGCCCAAUCGGUUGCAGCCAGUACCGCCUCUAGCAAUCCAACCAACGUGAACACCAAUUUGACAACUAUAUUCCCUUCUGCUAAAGUACAAAGUCAACAACAACAACAGCAGCAGCAACAGUCACAGCAACAACAACAAGCGCAAACUAUAGUAACAAGCCAAGGUGGAAAGAGCAUUUUACAGACUGCUAACAUAAAGCAACAGCAAUCACAGCAACAACAUGUAUUACCUGGAAAGACUCUAUUGGCCUCUCAGAUCAAGUUGGUCAGUUCGGGUCAAAUAAAAUCACUUCUUACGGGUCAUGGUCUUCAAGGUCAAACGAUAUUUAUCAAACAAUCAUCACCAUCUGGAAACCAACCACAACAGUUGCAGCAACAACAGUUGAAGCAACAGCAACAACAACAGCAACAACCACAAAUUCAACAGCGAGUGGUAACCAACCAACAACAAUCGUUACAAACAUCUGGCAUGCAACGUAUAAUAGCACAAAUCGGUGGUAAGCCGAUUGCUGUGCAAAUUCAGCAAUCGCCGCAUCAACAACAGCAACAGCAACAGCAGCAACAACAGAAAAUACUGGCCAAAGUGUUGACGAGUUCUGGUGGUGGUCAACUGAUCUCCGUGGAGAGUCUUCUCGCUCAGAAAGGUUUAAAAUUGGCAACCACUACUAGCCACGCCAAUCAACUCAACAGACAGGGGAAGCAAGUUAUGACACAAUAUCAGGUUGUCUCGCAAGCGCAAACGUCAUCGGGACAAUCGAAGAUCAUCGUGAGUACGCAACAAUCCCAGCCUCAGCAAGCUCAAACGGUACGAAUGGUUACGGCUCAGCUGGCCGGAAAACCGAUCGUCUUAGCCAGCGGUAACAAAAACGUCGGUGUCGGCGUGAACAGCAGCGGCAGCGUGGUACUUGGCAAGCAACAGUCGUCGCAGCAGCAAACGCAACAACAACCGAUCAUUCUGCCGAGCCAGUUGCUCAACAUCAAAACCUUGCACGGUCUGAAGGUGAUACCAACGCCGGCGGGUCUGAAAACCACCGGCGCCGCGGUUUAUGCACGAGUGAUAGCUCCGACAACGAUAACGUCGACCCAGUCUACGGGCAAUCAACAGCAACAGACCAUACAGACUCAACAGCAACCGAGGAAUAGUCCUUACAAUGCACCCUGACAGAAUUGAUACCGGUUCUUUCUUGUUUUCAUUACAUGUUCUUUGUUUAGUUUAAUCCUGCGGGGUAGUUUUGGAACUUCAAGGUAUGCUGGAGCACGAUUCCCAUGUAAAAAGCAGUAUAAACACAGGCAACUUUUCUGCCGUUUCGUGCGUACCGCUUACAAUAAAGAAAAUAAUCUCGGGAUCAUAAUAAGACGACACGCGCGAUUAAUAUAGUAGUAAGCCAGCGAAAUAAGUACACACACGGAGUCAUUGACCUUCUUUUCUAUUAAGUGUUGGAUUAUUUACAAAUGCAUGGAACGAUUUUUAAAUACAAAAACACUUUCCGUUCUCUAUCUUACACACGCAAACACACACGCGUACACUCAGUCCCACACACUUUCUCUCUUGUAUCAAGAAGAUUCUGCGGCGUUGUAUGUAACGUAUAAAUAAAUCUUACGUAAUUACCGUAGACGAUUAAAUUAUUUUUACAAAGGGUUCUCUCUGCGGUCUACGUUAUUACAUGAAUACCUAGGCAGCGAGGGCCGCCGCGUCUUUGGUCCGUUUCUCGCGAGAAUUACCAGUGAACGUCCUAACUGUGAAAUAUCUAUAUAUGUACAAUACUUAUCGUUAGAACAAGCGACGCGUAUGGAAGUAUAUACAGCGGGUGAACAAAGUAGUUUGUACACUCAAUUUUUUCGCAAUAACGUUACACAAAGAAAUAGCGCAUUAAUACAACCUAGCCUUUUUUUCUUUAGUACUCCAUUAUGUACAAGAAAAAGUAUCUCGUUACUUCGGAACUUCACUAUAACGGGAAGCUUAACAGACUGUAUAGUUCUUAUCGAUAGUGUUAAAGUGGUUAAAAAAAAACAAAAAAAAAAUCUAGGUGAUAUUGAUGUACCAUGUUUUACACAAAG